CUGGUUGGAUUUGUCAGUGGAACGUAACGCUGCUGCCACCAAUAUGGCUCACUAUCAACCAACAUCCCUCCAAUGUAGGAACACGAUUAGGAAAGUAUAAGAGCGAUAUUGCGCAAACUAAACGCGCAGAGGCGGGGUAGUUGUCACGAGCAGUGUUCGCACUCUCGUUGCGCUACGUACCGCUCGCGCUCUCUCUCUCUCUCUCCGUGUUCCCAGGUAACCGCACGAGCUAGUUAGCUCAGAUAGUAAAUAUUAGCUAGCAAAAAGGCUAGCUAGCUUGCUUACUGUUGAUAAAAUGGCCACCAUGGAGAAACUGAUGAAGGCCUUUGAGUCUCUGAAGACGUUUCAGCAGCAACAGGGGCCGCCGACCGCGGAGGAGCUCGUGCAGAGACAGUAAGUGUUUCAUUGCCUCGCGGCGUUUGCGUCGUUUCUGGAUAAGACAGCUAGUUAGCACAUUAGCCACCAUAGUCCCCCCUCUCCCCUGGACUUCCAGGGUCUGGUAGCUGGUUUUGAGCUAGUUACGCUAACCUGUAAGCUAACAGUCUCCAGAUCUAAGAAGUCUUAAUCUCGUGCAUGAACUUAUUUGCUAUUUUGAACGCACGCGAGUCCAAACGUUUCUCCACAGUCUCGUGCGUUCAUGAGAUUUUCAGUGAAUUUAGGUUUUUUUUCUCUCCAUAUUUUGUUAUUUAACCUUUUAUUCAACCAGGUAAGAACCAAUUGAGAUUACAAGAAUGACCUGGCCAAGAGGUCGGCAGCACACAUCACAAUAAUAAUAAUUAAGAAGAAGAAAAUGACCUCCAGAAACAUAAUUAAAAACACAGGCACUAUUCCAUAGUCUCCCAAAGUCUGUCAUGUAAGAUUCAACGAAAUGCUUCCAGCGAAAUUAACUGACAAUUUCAGGUCAGUCUGGAGAGUGGCACCAAAGCUUGAUGCUUUUUUGCCCAGUUCAGUUCUAAUUCACAGAACAAUCAAAUGGAUAGUGUUGUUUGAGCGCAGGGAGUAGUGGCUUUCAGUCCUAUGAAGAAGAUCACAUAAAUAAGAAGGAGCCAAGCCAAGAAGAACCUUAUACAUUAGAGCCAGACUUGGCGUAAAGUUCGCAAUGGUGUGUAAAGUGACUACAACCAGUAACAAAUCUCAGCGCUCAGUGAUAGACUGUAGUCAAGGACUGCAGGCAUUUGGCUGAAGCAGUCAUAUAUAAAACAUCACCAUAAUCCAACAGUGGAAGAAAGGCAGCAGAUACAAGGUAUAUUCAAGCACUGAGGGAGAAACAGGAUUUAUUCCUGUAGUAGAAACCUAGUUUUAGUCUGAGUUUAGAGACCAAACUGUACGAUGAGGUCACAGACGUUAACCAAUUAAUACUAUGACACCUACAGAAGAGGUCAGAGAGUAUCAGUGAGGUGAUCUUGAAAGAAGCUGUUUGUGAAGAUAGUAUUUAAAUUAAAUCAUUGUUUUUUUGUUGUUGUCUGAGCAAAAGGGGGAGAUCAGGUGAUUUUGCAUCAGCUGUGCAAAUCCAUCCUAAGGGGGAACAGGUACAGAUCUUCAGGUGGAUCGAUCAAUUUUGGAGGAUCACAAUCCAUUGACACAGGAAACCUGCAGUAAAAGUUCAUAGUCUCAUCAGGAUGAGCUAUUUGUGUCGAUCAGGGCCUGAUAAACUGAAAAAAUAUCUAUUAAACUCAAGGGCAUAGGUUGGAGUGGUGGAUAUGGGAAAAAGUUUAUCACCAUAUAUUUUUUUCAUAUCAGUCGCUGAGUAGUGGGGGUGGGUUGAGCAGUAGUUUGAAGUACACCUGAUUUUCAGAGGCCUUACCUGGUUACUACAGGGUCAGUCAAACCCCUACAAAGCCUAACACACAAACCAGCAAACAAAGUUAGACUGUUUUCACUUCCUCGCUGCAAACCUGGAUCCAUCUUUGCAAGAGGUAUUGGAAACUCAGGAGCUGCUGGCUGUGUUGGAUGCCCCCUUGAUGUAUUUGCUGGCUCAACUCCUUUCCUGCUUCCUUCUCUGGACCGCUUGCCCCUCAAUCUAUUAGUAUAGAUGUCACUAUCAGCUUAGUUGGCUCCUGAUCCUGGUCGAAUUUUUUUGUAAUGUUGAGUACCUGCUGAUACUGAGUCCUGAUCCUGAUCCAUAUUUUCCCUGAUGAUAAUAGAACCUUUUUCUAUUGUCAUUAACUGCCUUUUGCGUUUGCAGUGUUUCUGAUCCUCCUCAUCUAUUUGUCUUUACAGGAAAAAGGAGCAGGCCACCACAAAGAAGGACAGAGUCACUCACUGCUUGACAAUAUGUGAAAACAUCGUGGCUCAGUCUCUGAGGUGGGCUCGCAGAUUUAUUAUUGAAACAGUUAUUCCCAUUGCAUUUUACAGUCUCCUUUAUCUGAAGGACUGCCUGAGUUCUGGAAGAGUAAACUGUGUGUAGAGCCAGGUAAUAUUGGUUUGGGAGGUCAGAAACAUGGUACUAAACAAUGUUUUAAAGCUAUCAGCGGUCACAUCAUGCAGCUGUGGUAAAGCAUCAGAUAAAGUGUUGAAAUGAAAGGACAAGAAAUAGAAUAAACCUCAAUUUGUACCAAGAUGACAGGCUGGUUGAGAAUAUUAAUCCUUGUUUUAAAGUCCAGAGUAUGUUGUUCCAGUGUAGCAGCCUUCCCCUCUCAUGUUUUAGUUGAGUGUGCUAUUUUUUGCGGCGCAUGUUUGGUUUUUAAAUGUGAUAUUAUAUUGACAGCAUUGAAUGCAGCUUUAUCUCACAAAAUGUGUCAAAUAUGGAAGAUGUCUGUUGGACUGUUUUCACUGUUUGAGUUGAAAACAUUUCUACAAUGCUAACAUUUUAGCCACAGGGUUGUUGAUGCUUGUCUAACACUGUCCUGUGUUUGGUAUGUGUUUUUUGCCUCUAGUCCCCAAAGCGUUACUCUAGGCUGCCGUUGUUGUUGUUUUAAGUGGCUGGCUGUGCAUAUGUGUGUUCCGCUAUAAAGUUUCAGCUGUUGCUAGACUUCCACAUUAACAUUAAAUUUAUGAUCUUUUUGUAUAUACAGGCAGGUGAACCUAAAAUGCACAGUUACUCUAGAUUAUUUCUGCGUCUGUGUUCUAUGCAAAUGAAGCUCAGUGAGAGCUGAUGUAGAUGAUUGGGGUGAGAUGAUCAGCUCAAAUACUGAUCGUUGUUAUGACACUUUUCUCUCAUGCCUCCUUCUUCUGUCACCGUGAGAGCAGAACAUCUCCAGAGUUCCAGAAACUGCUGGGCAUCGCUAUGGAAAUGUUCCUCCUCUGCAGUGAUGACAGUGAAUCAGAUGUCCGAAUGGUGGCUGAUGAGUGCCUGAACAAAAUCAUCAAAGUGAGAAAGACCCUGAUGUUUCAUUAGCAAGAUGUGUCAUCACCUUCUCACAUUCAGACAUAUUAAAAAAGAAAGAUGCUCUGUGUGAUCAUUAAAGUCAAAGUAAAAUAAAACCCCUGUUUGCAUGAGUUGAUUUAAAAUCAGGGGAACCAGCCAUGUUGUCCAAGAUAAUUACUUAAGUAUCUGUCUUUAGGCGCUGAUGGACUCCAACCUGCCUCGUCUGCAGCUGGAGCUGUACAAAGAAAUUAAAAAGGUAAUAAAAGAUGCGGCUUCGUUGCAAGUCAUGUUUCAUUUCCAGGAUGAAUACUUCCACACACUCAGUCAGCCGAUAUCAACAUUUGUUUCUUCCAAAAACUGAAAAUAUUUCCAGUGUGACGAUCAGAUUUCUGCUGGAAAGGAUAAUGAUUGUUUUAUGUAUCUUUUGUAGAACGGUGCCUCUCGGAGUCUGAGGGCAGCUUUGUGGAGGUUUGCGGAGCUUGCUCACCUCAUCAGACCACAGAAAUGCAGGUAUGCACAUCUUUAAUGCCUGAAAGUGGUUUUACCUAACUUACAAAAAAUAAGAAACUUGCAAAACAGAGAAAAUCCUUCCGUAACAUCGCUCUAGAGCAGUGGUUCACAAGUCCAGUCUUCGAGGCCCACUGUCCUGCUUGUUUUGGAUGUUUCCCUGCUCCAACACACCUGAUUCAAAUGAUCAGCUCGUUAGUAAGCCAUUACAGAGCUUGAAAACGAGCUGAUCAUUUGAACCAGGUGUGUUGGAGCAGGGAAACAUCCAAAACAUGCAGGACGGUUGGCCUCGAGCACUGCACUUGAGAACCACUGCUCCACAGCACAUAUCAACUGUCUAUUUAAAUGAGUUUUUAUUAUCCUUUUUGAUCUGUAUUUUCCUCUCUCUCUCUCUCUUUUGGUCCAGACCCUACCUUGUCAACCUGUUGCCAUGCCUCUCCAGAAUUACCAAGAGGCAGGAGGAGACGGUACAAGAGACACUGGCUGCAGCAAUGCCAAAAAUCAUGGUAGCCCUCGGACACUUUGCUAAUGAUGGCGAGGUUAAGGUAAAGCAGGUCAUUGAGGACAUUCACCCGCUCUAGGUUAUGAAGACUUCCCCUCAGCAAAGCUUAUUCAUGUUUGUUUCAGGUGUUGCUGAAGUCAUUUGUAGCCAACCUAAAGUCCAGUUCUCCCACCAUCCGGCGGACAGCAGCCAGCUCGGCCGUCAGUGUCUGCCAACACUCCAGGCGCGCUAGCUACUUCUACACCUGGCUCCUUAAUGUGCUGCUGGGUAGGACACACACACUCCUGCACAUGCUCAGUUUAUUCCUAACUUUUCCAAGCCACUCACUCUCUGACCUUUCCUCCAACUCCAGGUCUGCUUGUUCCAGUCGAUGAGGAGCACCCCAGUCACUUGAUUCUGGGGGUGUUGUUAACCCUUCGCUAUCUGAUGCCUCUGCUGCAGCAACAAGUUAACACAACCAGCCUCAAAGGGAGCUUUGGAGUCAUGAGGAAGGAGGCUGAUGUGCAGCCGACACCAGAGCAGCUUCUUCAGGUAGAAAGGGAGAGUGCAAUUGUGUUGAUGUCGAGGUUUUAACAGUAAACAGAUGUUUUGCUAAAUUUUCUGUGUGUCUUUAGGUGUAUGAGCUGACCCUUCACUACACACAGCACUGGGAUCACAAUGUGGUCACAGCAGCUCUAGAAGUCUUGCAGCAGAUCUUUAGGACCCCCCCGCCGGAGCUUCUGCACAUGCUCAUCACCCCCAGCAGCAUUUCACACGCAACUGUGUUUCGGCAGGACGCAGAGAGUCGCGCACGGUCUGGCAGCAUCCUUGAGCUCAUCGGUAAAAUACAGUCAUCGUUCAAGCUUGAUUUAGUAAACUCUGUAAUCCUCUUACAUUACUAUAUGGGCUCUACAGUGUCACCUGGCUCUUGAAUAUGUCAUUGUAUACCAGGCUACCAAUAAUUCAUCAACCCUACUAAUCGACUGACCUAAACAAGUUUGCUUUGUAGUGCUGCUUCUUUUUAUGCUGGGGGCUCUGUGGGUGGCCCUUUUCCUUCGCUUGCUUUCCUUGUUGUCUGUAAUUAACUUUGCUGUUUCCAACAAGCCUUGCUAAGCUUUUACUACCUUUCACUUCCUUUCUACUGCUUGUUUCCUGCCACUUGCAGCGGGAGGGUCCUCCUGCAGCCCGCUCCUACUCAGGAAACAGAGAGGUGACUUGUCUAUUUCUCUUCCCUAGUCACUGCAACCUGUGAACUAAUGUUACAGAAUUAGGAAAGAUGUACCUCUGACUGAGUCACUGAUGGUUUAUUGUGUUUUAUAUUUUCAACAAAUUGCAGUGGAUGCAAAAUUUUGAUCUAUUACUUUAUCCCUACUGAAAUGAUUGUUGGUGUUGCUCACAGGUAAAGUGCUCUCUGGGGAGGAAGAUGCGCUGGAAGAUGACACAGAGCGAACUGAGGUCACUACUGGUGCCUUUACAGGUAGGAGAGAAGUACCAAGUACCAGGGCAGUUUUGACUGCCAUACUAAAAUCUUUGAACAAGAGAGACUUAUUCAAGCAUUAACAAACUCAAUGUACUCCUCCAGCAUCAGUCGUCGGUGCAGACUGCUCUUCCGCAGCGCAGGUAGACAUCAUCACCGAGCAGCCGCGCUCCCAGCAUACCCUGCAGCCUGGAGACUCUGUGGACCUCAGUGCAUCCUCUGAGCAAGGAGGUGGGACAUCUGCGUCAGACACUCCUGAGUCACCCAACGACAACGAGGAGGAAAUGCUCAGUCGAAGCUCCAGCGGCGGGGCCAACAUCACUCCAGAGACGGCUGACUAUACUACACCAGAGAAUGCUACCCCUGAGGGUGGGCCCUUGGGAACAGGCGGGGCUUUGCUGGGCACGAAUGACCCCUCUCUUCCGCCCAGUGACUCUUCUCAGACCACCACAGAGGGACCAGAUUCAGCUGUCACCCCCUCAGACGUAGCAGAACUGGUCAGUGCGGGCAUUAACAGAAGAUCAAAUAUGGUGGAAUAACACAGUUAAGGUUGUACUGUGUAGUACAGUUGAGCACACAGUGAUUCACUCAUAUAUGUGUUAACAGUACAUGUUUGUAAAGUAAAUGUGCAAAUUUUUGAGAACAUCACUAGUUUUUAGUUGAUGGCCAGUUCCCAGGGAAGUGUGAACUCUUUAUUACCUUUAUUUGAAGUUGAUGAACCUUAGAGGCUUACAGUAGUUCUCAUUUAAUGAAUAAUGCAAAAUGGUGUGGCUCGCUCCCUUUCCAUUCUUUAGCAUCAUGCAUGCAUUGGAGUGCAUGUCUAAGUUCUACAAAUUGCAUUAAUUUAAAAUAAUUUUGAUUUUAACUUUUCUUUUUCCUGCGGUUGUCCUAUCUCACUGAUAGUUCGUGUUUUGUUCUAUUUAGAUUAACCUUUUUUUUACAUUGCAGGGUGUUGACUGCCAAUAAGGGAAUGAAUAAUUUAUUUUUUAGUUUAUUAUUAAUUUCAACCAUCUAUCCAGCAUAAGAACAAAAAUAAAACUGAUAAUAAUACAUUGGGACUUAAGAUUUACAUCUGAAAAAAGUUGAAUAUGGAUAGCAGAAAAACUAUCCUACAAGCCCAGUGUGAAGGACAUUACAUGUGAACGCUCUUGGAAGUUGUUGUCAGUUAUCUUUUGAUUCAUUCAAAAAAAUUGAAUGGAGUACAUUAUGUAAAGCACAAGUGCAGAAGUAGUUUGGACCAUAGACUGUAUAUAGAAUGGACACCUCCUCGCUGGUUGAAGCGAACGCGAAAACAGCACCCUCUGGUGACGGGCUGCAGUGUAGGUCAUAAAUCCCGCCUCCUCCAGCAAUCCCUAUGGAGCUGUGGACAAUGUAGGGCUGGGCAAUAUGACCUCAAAUCAAUAUCACAAUAUAUUGAUCAGUUCACCUUGAUAACGAUAAAUGUCUACUCCAGCCGCUACAACUGUUGAACUGUCCUCCAUCUACUCACCUGUCUGUUGUAGGACAGCAUCUUAAAGGGACAUGAGACCAUAGCCUACCUUCACACAUCCAAAACCAACUUUUAGUUAUUUAUUUUUUUGACACCGAUUAUUUUGACAUGGGCAAAAUGACGUUGGUUAUUGUGGUAAAUUUCGUUAUCGGCACUAGAACAAACUUUAGAGAUUUAUUACACAGAAUAUAAAAUUUUCUCCCUUCUGCUUGUGAUGUUGGCAUGUAGUUACUGUAAGACUGGUUUGUGCUCAAGUCCUCUUUUUUCUGUACAGCUCAAUUUUUAAAAGUUAUUCGGGGGUUCAUGUUUUCUAUGAUUGACACUUGAUACAGCCUAUGAGCGUACGAAGAUUGUGUAGCUCACCCUUUGGAUACGCUUUUUGAACUGAGCGCCAUCACAGCGACUCUCGGUGGCUCUCCCGCUGAAUGCGUAUAACGCUACUGCACAAUGUUGGUUUUAGGAGUGGAGAAAAAACCUGGAUGUACCAAGAGCUUUUUGGCUUCAAAUUCGUAUAAUGACGGAAGGCAGAGCCAAGUUGUCCAUAGUGUAUACAGUCUAUGGUUUUGACCGAUAAUGUUGAUCUGCUGGCACUCAGAGGCUUUUUGAUUUGAGAUUAUUGUCUAUUUUAACGUUUCUACCUGUAUGGUCUUGCCUCCUCUGCUUUGUCCCUCUCCUUACCUCGUCGUAGUCGCGCACUUCAUUGCCGCGGGUGAUUGAGCCAACCCCUCCCUCUCCAACUUCCACUGAGGGUCCUGAUGCCACAGACAGCGACUCUUCUGUCUACACUGCUUCCUCCACCUCAUCAUCUUUCUCCUCUUCCUUCUCUUUCUAUGCCACCUCUUCCUCUAACACUAGUGACAAGGUCAGGCAGUUGGACAUGUUGAACUGAGUUUCGAGGGCUUGCUUGAAUCCAGCUUUCUUCAUUCGUUGUUCUUCCCUCUGUUCGUGACACCCCAGAAACAGAAUUUCCCCUGCUGAUUGCUUCUUUCCUUCUCUUGUCAUUUGCAAUACAUCGUGCCCCUUCUUCUUUUCCCCGCUUCCCUUGUGAUUACAACCCCGAGUUUACUUUCUUUUGAAGGACCUUGGCUGGAAGAGUUCAAAGACAAAGCAUGAUGGCAACUUGUUCCUCUGAUUGUCAUUCAUCAGAUUUGGCGUCCUACAACUUUUCAAAGUCUUCGGUAGACUUGUUCCAGAGGAGGCCAAACCUGACAAAACAACUGACAUCUUUUAUUAGAAAUAUGAAAAACAUCUGGCUUUAGAAAAAAGUUCUCUGCAAAAAAUCAUGCAUUUCUUGAUCAAACACUCACUCUUCCUCUGGUGGAUUGUGUGAACCACCAUUAUAGUGUUACAAAGCCUUUGCUUUUACUGUUCGAAGUUGAUUUGCUGCAACUGGAAUUGAGGGAACAGUUGUUUGACGUACGAUUUUUGCAGUUGUACUGUAUGAAUUGUAUUUCUCCUCCAGCAAAUCCAACUUUCUGAUGAAUGAAACAGCCCCGUUGAAGGAUCCUUUGCAUGCUGCAUUUCAAACCUUGUUGUAUGUGUUGAUCCUGUAAAUGAGGUUGAGUUGCUCACCGGAGAUGUUUGUUCUUUAUGUCUGUGCAUAAGGUGCUGGAUGGCAGUGAGAGUCAGUACUCUGGGAUGCAGAUUGGAACACUACAGGAUGAAGAAGAUGAAGGAGUCGCACCUUCGUCUCAAGAAGAACCCUCAGAACCAUUCCUGCAGUCAGCACUGGGUCUGUUACAGUUUACAGUAAAGCCGAAAACAUACAGGAUUCGUAUAGAGCGCAUUUCGUCAGCAUCACGUCUCUGCUCCGGCGAGGAUGCGUAUUUGGAGCGUAGCAGCAGCAUAGUGCAGCCCCAGUCAGCUGGGAUCAGUAUUGAGGAGACAACAUGCUCACAACAAGUUGUUUAGCCUUUCUGUGGUCCAUUUCCUGCUAAUUUGGAUAUAAUUCAAUGACUGUUGAGCCUCUACUAUAUAUGAAAUAGCAAUGUGAUUUUAAACAGUUUGGGUUUUUGCAGGUUUACUCGUGUUUAAUAAAGUAAACUAUGUUCCUUUAUGCUGUGCUGUUACCUUCAGACAGAGUUAGCAGUUAAAAGUCCUUUUGGGGUCCACAUGGAUCAGGGAUUGACCAUCAGAUUGGUCUUUGUUACUGAUAAAUCCUUAACCAGGAAGUAUUUCUCAUUUACACGAACUGAUACACAGUCCUGAGUCCGCAUAUGGUGUUUUAUUUUGAAAUACCGGAUGACAUGCGCGUCUUUUGUGCUUGACAUCUUCUCUGUGUGGGAAGUGUGAAAGAGCAGCAAAAAUAGACUCGGCGCGGAUCUUUAGCUGAAUCGUGCUCGAUACACUUCUAAUACGGAGCUGAUACACAUCCUGUCUGUGAUGCUUCAUUGAUUAGAAUGGCAACCUAUUUGCUGUGUACGCUUACGGAACUUGGUCAAUACGGAUCUUGUAUGUUUUAGCCUUAAGACACGUUUGUUAUGUGAUUUCAAGUUCGAGUUGUACUUACUGUUUCCUUGUGUUUGUCAACAGCUCUGAGCAAGCCUCAUCUCUUCGAAGGCAGAGGCCACAACAGGCAGGGUUCAGACAGCAGCGUGGACCGCUUUGAACCCAAGGAUGAACCUGCUGAACCCGAACCCGACAACAAGGUGAGAGCAAAGAAACAUCCAUGCCAUCACAAAGUUAAGGCAGCAAAAGUCUCUAUAUUAACUGAACUGUCUGUUUCAAAGCCUUCAAGGAUAAAGGGUCCGAUUGGACACUAUACGGACCAGGGGGCGGAGCCACUGGUGCACUGUGUACGGCUGCUUGCUGCUUCUUUUCUGCUGACAGGAGAGAAAAAUGGUAUGUAUCAUCAGAAAGGACCAGUACCAGUAACUCUGAUCACGUUUUUGAAAUGUUCACACUCUUCUUACUGUGUCUUUCAUAAACCUUUGAUUUUUAAUCUUUUAAUGUGCGCUUGUCGUGUGUGUCCAGGUCUGACUCCUGACAAGGAGGUUCGAGUGAGCGUCAAGGCUCUCGCGGUCAGCUGUGUCGGUGCAGCAGCAGCACUUCAUCCAGAAUCCUUCUUUAACUCCCUCUACUCGGAGCCGCUGGACGGCAUUCCAGUUGAAGGUACCAUGUUGGAAAUUCUGUGUAACCGUAUUGAGCUGACCUAUGACUUUAAGACCAAUGACCCAGCUUUAUUUGAGGGAGAGUUUGUGGAAUUUAUAUUUUUGGUUGGUGGUUUUCAGUACUGUUCGUGACUCUGCUCUCUUUUUCUGUACCCUUGCAGAGCAGCAGUAUGUCAGUGACAUCCUGGGCCUUAUCGAUCAUGGGGACCCUCAGAUUAGAGGGGCCACAGCCAUCCUCUCUGCAGCUAUCAUUCAGGCAGCACUUACCAAAACACGUUUCAACAUACACAGCUGGCUGGCCAGUGUUCAAAGUGCAACAGGUAGGUUUGUAUCAGGGUUGUAGCAUCUUAAACAUUUCAGAAGUUUUAAUGGUCGUUUUCUCAACUGUCUCCUUGUUGCUACCCAGGUAACCCUCUGUCCCUGGUGGACUUGGUGCCGUUACUCCAGAAAACCCUAAAAGAUGAAUCCUCUGUCACCUGUAAGAUGGCCUGCUCUGCAGUGAGGGUAAGACAGUGAGGGUAAAAGUGUGUGUGUGUGUGUAAUUCUCUUUGUAUGUGUGUGUUUAUGAGUUACUUUGUGUCUUUCAGCACUGCAUCAUGACUUUGUGCAGCAGUACUUUAAGUGAACUCGGCCUGCAGUUGAUGAUAGACCUGCUUGCUCUGAGGGACUCGUCCUAUUGGCUGGUCCGCACUGAGCUUCUGGAGACCCUGGCUGAGAUGGACUUCCGGUAGGCUCAUUUUUUCUUUUUUUUCAGCUACAUGCUGAGACAUUUCUCCACCACAGUUGGUCUGUGCACUUAUGUACACUCAGGACUUUUUUUUAAAUAAAAGAAAAUAUUAAAAAUAAUGCUGGUGCUUAAUAAACAUUUCCACUCUUUUCUCUUUGAGGUUACUCAACUUUUUGGAGAGGAAAACCGAGACUUUGCACAAAGGGGAUCAUCACUACACCGGGGUAAUUUGUCUUUCAUCCUUUCUUGGAGUAUUGCUGCAUAAAUUUCCCUAACACCAUUUUCACAACUCACUGACUUCUGUCUGAUAAUAAUAAAACCUCCGGGACGACUGACUAAUUUGUAGGGGUCUCCAGUGGAGCAAGCAGUUUUUCAAGAAAAAAAAUCUCAGCUGCUCAUUUUAUACCAGCUUUAAGGACACUGUCUCUCUGCUUCGUUUAUUUACGUCUGUGUUUCUGUUAGCUUUAUUAGGUUGAGGUACCUUUGGGUCAUAAGACUAAGGAAGAAAGAACAUACCAAUGUAUAGAUAUGACCAUAACAAGCCUCAAAUACUGCAAACAAAGGCAGCCAAAAAACAUUGAUGUAUCGUAUUUUUCAGGUGAUAAAGUGCACCGGAUUAUACGGCGCACUGUGAAUUAACGUGUCUAUGUUCACACAUAAGGCUCACCUGAUUGUAAGGAUCAUUAACCAUUGGCGUCUUUCCUCUUUCCUUUUCUAGCGGCUACGGUUGCAGGAACGAGUCCUAAAUGAUGUGGUCAUCUAUCUAUUGGGAGACGAUGACCCCAGAGUUCGGCAUGUGGCAGCCUCUGCUGUUAGCAGGUACGCUCUGCCCUCUGUUUUUACUGGAAAAGCAUGUUUUUGUUUGAUUUUUAGCUCUGUCUCUUUCCAGGGAAGUAUGAUCUCAUAAUGUCACCUUCCUUAAUGUCUCUCUGUCUAGACUGGUUCCAAGGUUGUUCUUCGACUGUGACCAAGGCCAAGUGGACCCAGUAGUGGCUAUUGCCCGGGACCAAAGUUCAGUUUAUCUGCAGCUGCUAAUGCAUGAGACCCAGCCCCCCUCUCAGUUGACAGUUAGCACAAUCACAAGGUACAGCACACUUUGUUUUUCUGUCAUCCUCUUAAUACAAAGAUGCUUCAUGUUCUUCUUUGACGAUCAAUUACAGCUCCAAUUCCCAAUAGUUGUGAGGUUGUUUAAAAUGUUGAUAUAAUCACAAUUUCAUGGUUUUCAAAACAUUUUAGUUGACAAUUAAUUUUUUAAAUGAUCAAAAAACACGUUCAUUUCAAAUUUAACACCAGAAACACAUUUUGUGUGCUUCAGGACAUACAGAGGCUUCAACUUGUCCAACACUGUGACUGAUGUCACAUUAGAGAACAAUUUGUCCAGAGUUGUCACCGCCGUCUCCCACGCUUUUACCUCCUCUACCUCCAGAGCCCUCACAGUGAGUUUUUCCACAUCAUACCUGUCUGCCCAACAAAUUCUGAACAUCUGUGUAUUUUUUGUGUUUCCUUCAGUGUGUGUUAAAAAUCACUCACCUGUUUCUCUGCAGUUUGGCUGCUGUGAGGCUUUGUGCCUCCUGACUUUAAAUUUCCCAGUCUGCACUUGGAGCACAGGCUGGCACUGUGGCUACGUGAGCUCCAGUAGCAGCUUUCCUUCUCGCUCGAGUCUCAACCGCAGCAGGGGGAGAGCGCUCAGGUGUGUGUUACCUCUCACACACUCUGUAAUUUGUCUCUCACACUUUGACAUGUCCUACACUGGUUACACAAGAUUUAAUAUAAAAAGUCUUCUAUCUCUUUAAUACUUAUUACUUCCUUUCUUUCAUCAGUGCACCGGCCUCUUCAACAACCGCCUCGUCUGCUGCAGACACUGAGCGGAGAACUCUGACAGUGGGAAUGGCCAACAUGGUCCUCUCUUUACUGUCCUCUGCCUGGUUUCCUCUUGAUCUCUCUUCACACCAGGAUGCCCUUGUCCUCUCUGGAAAUCUGCUUGCUGGUGGGUAAAAUUCAUCAGAAUUUUAUCUGAUCAUACGGCAAAUUGAGCUGCAACUCCACUUUAAAAAAGCAGCAAUCUCUGACACUCGGUCCACCAGAAUUCUGCAACUACUAGAAUGACCAUAGCAGUCAUUUUGACUGCUCAGUCUUUAUUUGCAUAUUAUUUGGAUAAUCAACAAAAAAACUAACAAUAAAUUGGUGGAAUAGAUAAAUAAAACAUCAGGACGCAACAUGAAAAUUAUAAUGAAUGAGAUUUUUAAGAAUACCAAGACACAUCACACCCUGAACUUGCUCAUCCAUCAGAUUCUUCCUCAUCAAGGCUCUGAAGCAAGGCUAAAGCCUCCAGACUCAUUUUUGAGUCUCUUGGAUUUUGAGUAAAGUUAGAGCGAGAUUUUAGCUUCACAGAGCUUUAAAUACAAAACUAACAAAAUACAAAACUAGCGGAAAAAUGUAGCAAAUAGUGAGAUAUAACACCUUUUGUAAAAAGCAUGCAGUUAAUUUGACUGCUCUGGUCAUUUGAGGAAGUAAAACUCAGACCUCUUUGUGUUUUGAAAUUUUAAUGAUAAAACAAUAUUAGAAUAAAAUAUCCACACAUUUAGGAAAAGUCAGGGUGUGAUUGGUAUAUAGGUAUUAUUGUAAAUUUUGAAAGCAGUCAAAAUGACUGCCUUGGUAGUUUGAGUGUUAAUAAAUCUAUUACUAUUUUGAUUUUGUUCCCAGCCAUAGCUCCAAAAUGCAUGCGCAACCCCUGGGUUGGGGAGGAUGAAGGCAGUAGUGGGAGCACUAACACAAGUGGUGGCCCAAAUAAGAUGGAGGAGCCUUGGUCAGGACUGUCGGAGCGCUCCUUGGUCGCCAUGGUGGAGCAGCUCUUCUCCCAUCUGUUGAAAGUCCUCAACAUCUGUGCUCAUGUGCUGGAUGACACGCCGCCUGGACCAGCUGUCAAAGUAACUAUCCAUAACCUCUGUUUUUAGUUUGACUGGCACAUACAUGUGGUUAUGAUGUCACUUAUCUGCUUCAAAUUUCAAGAAGGCGAUUGUAUUAAGUUGACUAUUUGUACGCGUCUCUAAGGCCACCCUUCCCUCUCUGAGCAACACUCCCUCUCUGAGCCCUAUUCGAAGAAAGGGCAAGGAGAAGGAGGCCGCUGAGCCCAGCGCUGCCCCAAUGAGCCCAAAGAAAAGCAAUGAGGUCAACACAGGUAUGUGCAUACAUGACCAGCACUAAAACAUGUUAAAACACAUGUGGGUUUGGGAAUCUUCAAAACGAUUGAAUCGAUUUGUUCCUUUAUUGUAAGCAGGAAGGCCAGUGGACAGCACAGGAUCAACAGCUGUGAAUAAAUCGACCACCCUUGGCAACUUCUACCACCUGCCCCCCUACCUGAAGUUGUAUGAUGUCCUGAAAGCUACUCAUGCCAACUACAAGGUGAGAAAAUGGUCAUUUUAAACUAAUUCUUCACAGGAGACACAUUUGUGGUCAGAUAAGCAUGUCAGUAGAGGGUGAUACUGACAGUGAAAGUCAUCUUCUAGGUAACACUGGAUCUCCACAGCAGUCAGGAGAAGUUUGGAGGUUUUCUACGUUCGACUUUGGAUGUUCUGUCUCAGCUCCUGGAGCUGGCCACACUUCAUGACAUCAGUAAGGUGAGCAUGACAGGCUUGUAUUUAAAACCAGAUACCAGGGAUGCUGGAUAGACAGACAGGCCUCCUCUUUGCCUGUUUUUAAAUCUCAUCUUACCGCUUCUCUUUGGCUUUUAACACCCAGUAGGAGGAUGACCUUAUUUUUAUUUUUUUAUUAACUGUAUUUUUUUAUUUGCUUUACUGUGUUUAAUCGUAUUUUAUUUUUAUCUUAUCUGUUGUGCUUCUGUUGUGUUAUCGUGUUUUUAUCUUACUGUGCAGCACUUUGGAAACCUUGUGUUUGCUUAAAUGGGGCUAUAUAAAUAAAAUGGAUUGGAUUGAAUAAUUGGAUAAAAAUAAAGCAAGUUGAUAUACAGAAGAAAAAAAUGAAAUAGAAAAUCUGUUGAUUCUCCAACUUUUUCCUUAUUUUACAGUGUGUUGAAGAAAUACUGGGCUACCUCAAGUCCUGUUUCUCCAGAGAACCGACAAUGUCCACUGUGUGUGUCCAACAGGUCAGUAUUGUGUGUUUGCAGGUCAUCUAAGUUCAUGUUGUGUUUGUUUUGUGUGGCAGUCUUUUAAUGGUUCCAGCUCUGAGCAGUGUGCUGCAACUCAGCCGACUCCACACAGAUCGAGACUGGUUCCUGCCGACAGGGGCCAUCAAGACAUUGGUUUCUCUGUGCGAUGGUUCCAUACAUCUUUGUAUAGACACACAGCAGUGCACUAGUUAGAAGUUAUCUUUCCUGAUGGCGAGAAAUUAACAAGACUUUUCUGCUUUAUCCUGGUUAAAAUACUGGAAGAAUCAUCUAAAAUAAAUCAUCUCUUAUCUUUACAAAUGUGACGUAGCUGUUGAAGACCCUUUUUGGCACCAACCUGGCUUCCCAGUAUGACGGCGUCCUCAGCGGCCCAAGCCGGUCCCAGGGAAAAGCUCUCCGCCUUGGCUCGUCCAGCUUGAGACCAGGCCUUUACCACUACUGCUUCAUGGCGCCGUACACUCACUUCACCCAAGCCCUCGCUGAUGCAAGUCUGAGAAACAUGGUGCAGGCUGAACAUGAGCAGGACACUUCAGGGUGAGUGUAGCACUCUCAGGCCACAUUGUGAUCAGGUCAGAACUACCCACAGGAUGAUCAACUUUUAAUCGGCCAUAUUUUAUACCAACAUAUCCCAGAGUCAGAUCCAAGAGUGCUCUGUCAAGUCUGAAUACUGCCUCUUGUCUCAUUUCUUAUCUGUGUAUCUCACUUGCAGGGUAAAGUAGGAUGCUGACCUAACUGUCCCCGCCUUUUUUUUCUACUUUUAGAUGGUUCGAUGUCAUGCAGAAAGCUUCAAACCAGCUCAGAUCCAACAUUGCAAAUGCAACACGUCACAAAGGAGACAAGGUGAAUUUAAAAACGUUUUUCUCGUUAAAAGUGGAUUUGAUUAGUCUUUUAGUUUAAUCAACUGUCGUGUUUUUAAACUUUAAUGUCUAAAAAAGACCUUACCACACUGGUAAGGUGUGACUCUAAAUGCUCGUGUAUUUUCCAGAAUGCCAUCCACAACCACAUUCGCCUGUUUGAGCCUCUGGUUAUCAAGGCUUUGAAGCAGUACACCACAAGCACCUCUGUGACCCUGCAGAGACAAGUCCUGGACUUGCUCGCCCAACUUGUGCAGCUGAGAGUCAACUACUGCUUACUGGACUCGGAUCAAGUAAAAAAAAUAAAAGUUAUUCAUUUCAAUGAGCUUAUCUGUCACUGUUAGGAUUUAGUUCACCUAAGAGAUGUUAUCUGUCUUUCAGGUGUUUAUAGGGUUUGUCCUGAAGCAGUUUGAGUACAUCGAAGUUGGCCAGUUCAGGUAUUUCUUUUUGCUUGCUCUUUAAGAAAUCUAUGCAUCAUUAAGUUCUGUUCGUUUACAUCAAGGAUAGGGCUGGGCGAUAUGUCAUCAAAUCAAUAUCACGAUAUAUUUAGCAGUUCAUUUUUAUUUUAUUUUUUUCACACCGAAUAUACCAAUAUGGACAAAAUGACGUCAGUUAUUGUAGUAAAUUUCAGUAUUGGUAAAUUUUUGGUUUAUCGCCCAGCCCUAAUCAAGGAUUCAGACUUGCUUAUCUGUAUACUGGUUUAUAAAUUCAUGUUUCCUUCAGUAAAAGUGAAAAAAAUCCUGUUUUUGUACUUCUGCCAGAGAUUCAGAGGCCAUCAUCCCCAACAUUUUCUUCUUCCUGGUGCUUCUGUCAUAUGAGCGGUACCACUCUAAGCAGAUAAUCAGCAUCCCCAAGAUCAUCCAACUGUGUGACGGCAUCAUGGCAAGCGGCAGAAAAGCUGUCACACAUGGUAAGAGGAAGUAAUCCUGGCGGCACACAACAUCUCCUACUUAGUGAUCCUUUUUCAGCCCUUCUUGUUCCGAUAUCAGACCAGGUUGCAUGUUUGGACGCUAAUUUAAAUAAAGCAUACAUUGUUGACAGUUUUCCCCUCCUUCUUCUUCCUCCGCAGCCAUCCCAGCCUUGCAGCCGAUAGUUCACGACCUGUUUGUUUUGAGGGGCUCAAACAAAGCAGAUGCAGGCAAAGAGCUGGACACACAGAAGGAAGUGGUGGUCUCCAUGCUGCUUCGACUUGUGCAAUACCAUCAGGUACUUUCACAGACACGAACAGACACAUGUGCAAAUUCUGCCAAUUUUUUCUCUGAUGGUUUCUUUGCUGUGUGUUUGUAGGUGUUGGAAAUGUUCAUCCUCGUGCUGCAGCAGUGUCACAAAGAGAACGAAGACAAGUGGAAGCGGUUGUCAAGGCAGAUUGCUGAUGUGAUUCUUCCCAUGAUUGCUAAACAACAGGUGAGCAAACGUCUAUUAUAACCAUUUUAAUUCAGAGUUAUGGUGAUGUUUCAGUUCUCUUAUGUUAUAUACCUGACAUCUCAUCCCAUGAAUUCUCUAAAAGAUGAACAAGCAUGAAUACAUAUUCUGAGUUAACAAUGUGUAUGUGUUGUUACCCAGAUGCACCUGGACUCCCCAGAGGCGUUGGGAGUAUUAAAUACUCUGUUUGAGACUGUGGCCCCCUCCUCUCUGAGACCCGUGGACAUGCUGCUCAAGAGUAUGUUCACCACUCCAGCCAGUAUGGUAAGUUACUUGCAACACAAAAACAGACUGGCUGUUAAAUGAUUGCCAAAAUCUGGAUGUCGCCCUAAAAAACAAACCUCCACUCCUCCAGGCGUCAGUCGCUACAGUCCAGUUGUGGGUGUCCGGUAUCUUGGCGGUGCUCCGAGUACUCAUCUCCCAGUCCACUGAGGACAUAGUCUUGUCCCGGAUCCACGAGCUCUCUCUCUCACCACAUCUCCUCUCCUGCUGCACAAUCCGGCGCCUCCGUCAGCAAAGCCCCUCCCCGAACGAACUACCCAUUGACAUGCUGUGUAUCCAGGAGCCGAACGGUGAGGCACAAAAAGCCUUACCAGAGGAAACCUUCGCCAGGUUUGUUGGUCCUUCGUGUCUCAGGUUGGAGCAAAUCUAGUCUAGGAGUUGUGUGACGUAACUUCUGUUCCUGCCUCUCUCAAGGUUCCUACUCCAGCUGGUUGGAGUGUUGCUGGACGACAUUUCCUCUCGACAGGUUAAAGUGGACAUCACAGAGCAGCAGCACACCUUCUACUGUCAGCAGCUAGGCACACUACUCAUGUGCCUCAUUCAUGUCUUCAAAAGUGGUGAGAUAAAAUGUAUAAUCGUGUGUCUUGCGUGUAGCUUUUUGUAUCAUCCUUUUCAAGAUUAUUAGUCACCAUUUAUGAAUGGUGUGAAACUCCUUUCCCCUUCGUUUUUUUCUGUCAGGUAUGUUUCGCAGGAUUACAGCAGCAGCUAGUCGUCUCCUAAAGGGUGAAGGUGGAGGUGGACCGACUGGCACAGAGGCCAGCCUUUUUUACCCUUUGGAGGGUCUCAACAGUAUGGUGCAGUCCUUGAUCACCACCCACCCCUCUCUGGUGCUGCUGUGGUGCCAAGUCCUUCUUAUUAUCAACUACACCAACUACUCCUGGUGGGCAGAAGUGCACCAGACUCCUAGGUAACACUGAAGGUCAAAUUAUUUGUGUGGACCUAAAUUGUUGAAUCCUGGAUGAAAAUAGAGGGGAAUCCAAAUUAAAGUAUCGCAGCACGAGAAAAAAACAGUGUUUUCAAUCAUAAAAAAGGCAACGCAGUUUUAUUUAUUCAGCAGAAUCAUGACAGAGGUUAGAAAAACAAAGGAAAAGAUUUGAGUUUCAUUAAAAUGUAACAUUUUGAGGUAACAUUUUUAACGUAACAUUCAUCUCUCGGGGGGGUCUAACUUGGUGUUACAGUGUGUUUGACCAUAACUUAAAUUUACCCCUGAAUUUCUCUUUGAGUGAAUUGUUCUCAUUCAGAUCCUCCUGAAAUCAUCAGCGCAGCCUUGUGUCUUAUCAAAAUCUGUCGUCAUCCUCUCUUUCUGUCAGGGGACACAGUCUGUCAUGCACAAAGCUGUUGAGCCCUCACUCCUCGGGGGAAGGAGAAGAGGACAAGCCGGAGACUCGGUCAGCCAUGGUCAACAGAGAGAUUGUACGCAGGGGCGCCCUCAUCCUCUUCUGUGAUUAUGUGGUGAGGCUUUCACAACAUCCAGGAUACAGAAUACUGACGUGUUUGAAAACCACAAAUACACAACAGAGUAAACAAAUGAAAUCUGUGUUUUUUUUCUUUUUAUAACUUUCUGCUUCUACAGUGUCAGAACCUACACGACUCAGAACAUCUGACCUGGCUUAUCGUCAACCAUGUGCGUGACCUCAUCAGCCUUUCCCAAGAGCCUCCAGUGCAAGAUUUCAUCAGUGCUGUACACCGCAACUCAGCUGCCAGUGGUCUUUUCAUCCAGGCGAUCCAGUCUCGCUGUGACAACCUCACUACAGUGAGACUUUUUAAUCUCUGCUUUUGUUUCAUUUGUUUGGUUACUCAGCUUCAAUUUUCCAUGUUUGUCGCCACUCUUAUACAUUUAGCUUUAGACUCUUUCUUUCCUCCUCUGCUUCACUGACUGAAUCUUCUCCUUCUCUGCAGCCUACCAUGUUGAAAAAGACUCUGCAGUGUUUGGAGGGCAUCCACCUGAGUCAGUCUGGCUCCCUGUUGAUGCUGUAUGUGGACAAGCUGCUCAGUACACCCUUCAGAGUUCUCGCUCGCAUGGUGGAUACAUUGGCGUGUCGCAGGGUGGAGAUGCUGCUGGCUGAGACACUUCAGGUACAGCUCGAUGUCGAUAAGUACAUUCUAGGCUUUGUGAGAUUGAACAGAUGAACUGUUGCGUGAACCUACAUGUUCAGGUGAACUUUCACAAUGUGUACAUGUGGUUUCCCUCAUGCUGAUCUUGUGUUGUUUUGUCCUGCCUCCAUGCAGAACAGUAUAGCUCAGCUGCCUGUAGAGGAACUGGACCGGAUCCAGGAAUACCUCCAGACCAGCGGCCUGGCUCAGAGGUAACACUCUUCUAUAUCAACAUUGGUUUAAGAAAUAGUUUGUUUUUUCAGCAUGCUUUCAAACAUGAUCUUUUCCUUUUUCCUUUCACAGACAUCAGAGGUUCUACUCCCUGCUGGACAGGUUCAGAGCCACUGUUACAGACACCAGAAGCCCCACACCUCCUGUUACACCUCACCCGUUGGAUGGAGAUCCACCUCCUGCCCCUGAGCUGGUCAAUGCAGACAAAGUAAGGCAUUCAGGAACAGAGGUGUUCGUCUGUUUUAUACGUUUUAAUGGUGUUUUGAUUUUUCAGAGUAAAGAAGUCACUUAAAUGUUGUUUCUAGGCAUGGUAUGUAGCUCUUGUGAAGUCCCAGUGUUGUCUGCGUGGAGAUUUUUCCCUGUUGGAGACCACAGAGCUCCUCACUAAACUACCGUCAGCUGACCUGUUGAACAUCAUGAGCUGCAAGGUGAGAGAUUCAUGACAUAAUCAUGUUUAAUGACGAGUUUUCUUUACCAAAUCUCAACCCAACCUCUUCUCUUCUCCUCAGGAGUUCAACCUAAGUCUGCUGUGUCCAUGCCUGAGUAUGGGGUUGCAACGGUUAACCCGGGGUCAGGGGUCACUCUUGUUCGAGACCGCCUUGCAGUCAACCCUUGAGCGCCUUGCAGCAGUCACUGGAUCACUUCCUGUCCCUCACCAGUCCUUUUUGCCACCUUCCCAGCCACAGCCCUACUGGGAGCAGCUGGCUGAUGUAUACGGUGAGAGUGUAUUCAGUUUAAAGGGAUAUUCCGAUGUAAAAUUAAGUUAAAAUCUAACACAUAACACUGAGUUAGACAUCCCCUCCAGAGAUGAAUGUUGCCGACUGCUUGCUUCUCUUGCCCUGAUGAGUCGAUCACUGAGUGCAGCGGAGUUUCGGAGCUCAAGGAAGAACAUUUAUGAUUAUUACUUCAUGGAAAUGCAAUCAGACCGAGACGCUAAGGCAGAAGAACUACUGGGUCUGCAGUGCAAAAUGAUUAUUAUGAUGAUUAUUACUUCAUGGUGAUGAUCUGCAGCACUCGGUGAUUAACUAAUUUUACGACGGAAUAUCCCUUUAUUGAAGUAUCAAGUAUUGUAGGAGUAAAAGUACAGGAGGAGAAAUCUCCUGUCAUAGCUGCAGCUCUACACUUUUUAUUCAUUCAUGUGUUACUCUCUGUUUUUCAGAUGAGCCCAGUUUCUAUCCAAGGGUUUUGUCACUGUGCAGAGCUCUGUCCCAGUACCUGCUGAGUGUAAACCAGCUGCCAUCUUCACUACACAUCCCCUCUGACAAGGAGCACCUCAUCACCACUUUCACUUGCACUGCCGUUGAGGUAAAAAACAGAUUAAAAAAAUAUGCAUUUUAUUUUCUUCUUCAAAACAUGUAGACUUCAACAAAUAGUAAAAAGAAAACUUGUAAAAACUAUAACUAUUUUUUUAUAGAAUGAGGAAUGACAAUCUGUCACAAUUAACUCACAACUUUACACACACAGUCCAUCCAACUGCUUAACUUUUUAAAAAAAAAUUUCUUAGGUGGUUGUUUGGCGUCUCCUACGGGACCAGCUGCCCCUGAGUGUCGACCUCCAGUGGGCUCUCUCUUGCCUUUGUCUCGCCCUGCAGCAGCCUUGUGUCUGGAACAAGCUUUCCACCCCUGAGUGCAGCACAUACACCUGCUCUCUUAUCUACUGUCUACGUCUUAUCAUUGUUGCCGGUGGGUAGAUAAACCAGAGCUUGCUCCUGCAUUCACUGUUGCCGCAAAAGCCUGUGGGCUUAAAUUUUUUUACAUUGAAUUCUCCGGUGAUGCUGACUUUUGCUUUUACUCCCCAGUGGCUGUGAGUCCUGGAGACCAGCUUCUGCAUCCAGAGAAGAAGAAGACUAAAGCAGAAAGAGAUGCUGAAGAAGAUCAGGUGGACUCGGCACAUGCUAAACGUGAGAUCAAGUCAAACAGUUUUAGAAAAUUCUUAUCUCAAAAGCUUUAAGAGAUGUAUGAUGGAAAAUUCCUCUUCUGUGUUGCAGACAUGUUUGAGUGGCAAGCGUGUGAAAUCAUGGCUGAGCUGGUGGAAGGUCUGCAGAGCGUUCUCGCUCUGGGUCACCAUAGAAACAGCGCAUUUCCUGCUUUCCUUACACCGACCUUGCGCAACAUUGUCAUCAGUCUGUCUCGACUCCCCCUGGUCAACAGCUUCACCAGAGUACCCCCCCUGGUUAGUGUGACAGAGACAGCAUGCCUUGAGUUUGUACACCUGAAUCUUGUGGUUUAUUGAUGUUUCGUGUGUGCAGGUCUGGAAAUUGGGCUGGUCCCCUCAGCCAGGAGGUGAGUUUGGCACAACACUGCCGGAGAUCCCCGUGGACUUCCUGCAGGAAAAAGAUGUCUUUAGAGAGUUCCUCUACCGCAUCAACACACUGGGUACUAAAACAUGUCUUAUUGUUUCUGGAAGUUACUGUCAGAUCCGUUUUUUGGGGUGGCAGUGAAAGCUACAUGCUGAUGUUCUUCAUGCCCCUCUUACAUGUUUUGUUGUAUAAACUCAGGCUGGAGCAGCAGGACUCAAUUUGAGGAGACUUGGGCCACUUUGCUUGGGGUGCUGGUCACCCAACCCAUCACUAUGGACCAAGAGGAGGAGGCACAGCAAGAGGUAUAUAUACACUUGUGGCUCAUUUAUGCUCAAUGUUACAUAUGGAUCCGGACGUGAAAUAUGGACGCGUUCUUUUCGUCCAUAUUUCUGCACGUAUCCGACAGACAGAGCAGUACCACUGGAAACUGUGGGGGCAAUGUUGCUACAGUACUGAAAAUGAUGAUCGUUGUCAGUUUCUCUUAUCGGUACUACUAGAGAUAAUAAUUCUCCGUCCUCCAACAGUAAGGCAUUCAGUGGCCUGAUCGACCUCCGCCUCCUCAAACGCUGCCUUCGUUUCUGUCUUCUGUGCAAAAUAUACAUUAUCACUUGCUCCUCCACAGUUGCUGUGUUUCUGUUUGUUUGUUGUUGUCAGAAACUUUUGACUCUGACCUGCCCCCUGGUGGAUGUAGUGGUUAAUAUCCAUGCCGACUAGGCCUGCACGAUAUAUCGUUUGACUAUCGUCAUCGCGAUGUACGUGUGUGCGAUAGUCACAUCGCAGAGCCUGCGAUAUUGGAGGUGAAUGAACUCAUUUAAUUUCAAGGGUAACCGACUGAGAUACACUCCAUGUGACUCUGCAUGUGCUGUGCAGCAAUCCACCAAUCACCUUCGUCCUUAACUCAGUUGCCAAUCAGACUCACUUCUCAGUUGCCAAUCAGACUAUCCUGCCAGCUGUCAAUCAAAAUCAGGGAGGAGGAGACCCACCCCUGCACAUGUUCUGCACAUGGAGGGAGACGUGUGUCCGCUGAGAAUUACUUUCGGAACUUUACUGACUGUUAAGCCCAACAAAUAAGAACUGUAUGGGUUUUAAAUUGUACAUUUCCGUGGACCACUCUACUAUAAGCAGUGUGCGUUUUCCGAGGUGCAUGCAAUUCUCGGAGGACAUGCGUUUCUCGGCACAACACCGCUAACAACAACAACAACGAUCGCAAAAUGAACAACGAACAAGCGAAAACCACCGAAAAUGAAGAUUUGUUGCCAAAAAGAAAAGGAAAGUCAGUUAUCUGGAAUUAUUUCGGUUAAAAGAAGGAUAAUGUCGACCAAAACACGUCUUCUGUGUUCAUCUGUUGCCACAAUAACGUCCCAGCACAAUAAAAGCUAAAAAUAUCUCUGAGACAGACAGAAGCCGUUCUACUAACAUUCACAAAAAGAGGUAAGAUCAGAGCAGGUUAACUGUCCUCAAGAUUUCAGCAGUGCAGCAUAACAUUAAGUGCUAUUCAGGUCAUCUGGUGAAAAUUCCUGUAUUUUUAAUAUCGCAAUAUAUAUCGCAGGGUUGAAAAAAAUCGCAAUAUUAUUUUUUUCCAAUAUCGUGCAGCCUUAAUGCCGACGUAAAGGACGCAUGAAAGUAUUUAGGCAAUUAUGGAACCAUCGUUUAAAACAGACGUGUACAUUUUCAUAUGUACGGGCGAACAUAAAUGAGCCUUUAGUCUCAAAAGCUAUGUGUGUGUGGGAACUAUUUUAGAGCCUCCUGAUCUUUCUGUUUUUUGUUCUUUUUUUUAACUCCUAAGUGUGUCUCAAUGUUUUGUAGGAGGACUUAGAGCGUACCCAGUUGAAUGUGUUAGCAGUGCAAGCCAUCACCAGCCUGGUGCUGAGUGCCAUGACCCUGCCCACUGCUGGUAACCCUGCAGUCAGCUGUCUGGAACAGCAGCCCCGCAACAAGAGUCUCAAAGCCCUGGAGACACGGUAGGUUUGAUGGUUUUUUGAAUAAACAUUUAAAAAGUGCCAGAAAAAAGAGUAAAUAAAUAUCAAGGUUUUGUUUGUGUCUCUGUGUGUGUUUGCAUCAAGGUUUGGAAGAAAACUGGCAGUGAUCAGGGGUGAGGUGGAGAGAGAGAUUCAGGCCCUGGUUUCGAAGAGAGAUAAUUUGCAUACGCACCACCCUUACCACGCCUGGGACCCUGUACCGUCGCUGUCAUCGGCCUCAGCUGGUAAUUCAGAAUCCACACUCAACAUGUCUCUAGCUACAUUUGCCACUCUUACAUCAACCACUCUGUCAUGUUGAUUAAUUUUGUUUCAGCGGGAACUCUGAUCAGUCACGAGAAGCUGCUGCUUCAGAUCAACACAGAGAGGGAGAUGGGCAACAUGGACUACAAACUAGGACAAGUAAGAGACGCUUGUGUCAGUAAAUUAGUCAAAUUUUUCAUUUUACGUUGACAUAACUUCAAAUGUUUGUUUUCCUCCCAGGUCUCCAUUCACUCGGUAUGGCUGGGCAACAACAUCACCCCGCUGAGAGAGGAAGAAUGGGGUGAAGAUGAAGAGGAUGAAACAGACACUCCUGCUCCGACCUCUCCACCUGUUUCACCCAUCAACUCGAGGUCAGAGGAGUAGAUGAGGACAUGUAAACUCAUUAAUACUUUGAUUUUAACACACAGAGUCGAACCCACUUUUCUUAUCUGUGCUUGCAGGAAGCAUCGAGCAGGUGUGGACAUUCAUUCAUGUUCCCAGUUUCUCCUGGAGCUGUACAGUCAGUGGCUGAUCCCCGGCUCCCCGAGUAACAGGAGGACCCCGACUAUACUCAUCAGUGAAGUGGUCCGAUCGGUGAGCUACGAUACACACAAUACCAGCACUUCAAAGGGGAAUCCCUCAGGAACUGGACUAUGACAGUAGAGCCUUCUCUUCAUCAUUUUCUGUUUUUUUUUUUUUUUUUUCCUCUGUAGCUGCUGGCGGUGUCAGACCUGUUCACAGAGAGGAACCAGUUUGACAUGAUGUUCUCCACCCUGAUGGAACUUCAGAAGCUUCACCCUCCUGAAGACGAGAUCCUCAAUCAAUACCUAGUGCCCGCCAUCUGUAAGGCCGCCGCUGUACUGGGCAUGGUGAGUACAGCUGUGUUUGGGUUAGGGACUUUUUUUUUUUAAAUGGGAUGAUUUGUGGUUGUUUUUGGUUGUACCGCUGAGGCCCCAGAGUUUACUAGACUCACAUUUGGAAACUCUGAAAACUUUUUUCUUUUUCUUUUUUUUAGGACAAAGCAAUAGCUGAGCCCGUUUGCCGACUGCUGGAAACAACCCUGCGCAGCACCCACCUGCCCAGCCGCUUGGGGGCUCUCCACGGAGUGUUGUAUGUGUUGGAGUGUGACCUGUUGGAUGAUACAGCCAAACAGCUUAUUCCAACAGUCUCAGAUUAUCUGCUGUCAAACCUGAGAGCUAUUGCUCAGUGAGUAUCACUCUCAAUCUGCACAUGCUCAACCUUCACAAUCUUCUGUUGGAGAAACUCAGAAAGUAGUCUGAGAAUAAAAAAAAUUAUUCCUGAGAAGAGUUUGGGGCACAAAGGAGGAGAAGGGACAGAAAAAAAUACACUGACAAAGUAAAUGGGAUUUUUUUAAAAUUUUGAUUUGUUUUAUUUUUCCUUGAAUUCUGCAGCUGUGUGAACCUCCAUAACCAGCAGCAUGUGUUGGUGAUGUGUGCAGUGGCCUUCUACAUGAUGGAAAACUACCCUCUAGAUGUUGGAACAGAGUUUAUGGCUGCAGUCAUACAGGUAUAUCACAUUUUGGCUGAUAUCUUUUUCUACUGAACCUAAAUGCUCUUUACCUUGUUGCAAAAAUAUAUUUAACUUCUCUCCUGCUUUAUUUCUUACCCGCUUGUUUAGCUGUGUGGCGUGAUGGUGUCUGCUAGCGAGGACUCCACCCCCUCGGUCAUCUAUCACUGUGUGCUUCGUGGUCUGGAGCGUCUUCUGCUGUCGGAGCAGCUGUCACGUGUGGAUGGAGAGGCGCUGGUCAAACUGAGCGUGGACCGGGUCAACAUGCCUUCCCCACACAGAGCCAUGGCCGCCCUGGGACUCAUGCUCACCUGCAUGUACACUGGUGAGGGAGAAGCUAACGAAGCUAAUGCGUAGUAAUCUGCAUUCCUGUUAAAUCAACAGCUAGCUUUUUACUGUCGCUGUUGAGACUUCCUCAAUAACUUUUCACUUUCAAAAGACCUUUGAUUUCAGCUUGCUGGCUAAUUGGACCACAUUGGUACAAGGGGUGUCUCGAUACGGUAUUGAUAUCGGAUUAUAUCGGUCUGAUAUCAGCAAAAAAUCAAAUAUUGGAUUAUCAAUCAAUCAAUCAGUCUUUAUUUAUAUAGCCUUUUUCAUACACAACCAUGUAGCACAAAGUGCUUUACACAGAAAAAGGAAUAAAAGAAACAAAUACCCAGAUCUACCCCAGCCCAACCCCUCAUUCCCACCCCACAAUCUAAAUGCAACAGAAACUGUAUUAGAAUUUAUAAACUUAAAAAAGAAUUGAUUUCAUGGAAACAGGAAUAUACACACUGACGAAAUGUCAUUUUAAGACUCAAGAUGAGGAAACCCUGGAGGUUUAGGUUGAAAUCUAGGUGUGACGUUGGCAGUAUUUUUCAUCAAAGACCGAAAAAGCCAUUGCAGCCGAGUGCAAAACUUGUCAUGCACAAUUUUUUGCUAAUAUCGGAUCAAUAUCGGUAUCAGCCGGUAUUGAAGGCUACAAUACCGGUAUGGUACAGAUGUAAAAAAGUUGUAUCGGGACACCCCUAAUUGAUACAACAUACAUGAUACAAAAGUCCUUAUUGUAUAAAAAAUAUGUACUCUUUAAGGAUAGAGACGAUAACCUCUCAGACUAAGUGCUGUGUAGAGGAAAAACUACUAUAACAGCUCUCUUCACACUGAAUGCGAGAAAGAACCGUGUGUCUUUACUCUAAACCUUUUCCUGGUGACUAACACUUUAUCACUUCUUAGAGCAAACUUGACUUUUUAAAGGCUUUACCAAACAUUUUAGUGCAAACCUGCUCACUUCCGGCAUGUGAUACAUCUAUUGAGUACACACCUAUGCCCUACCUCUAACCCCUGCGUCGUCUUCUACUAACUCCUCGAACUCCUGGUGCUCUGUCAUCCAUGUGGUGACCAGCUAGACAUCAGCUCUUCUCAGGAGAUCUUUUGGUCGACUUUCUCUCUGUAAACCAGUCUGUAACACUUCUCCUUCUACUGCAAAACAAAUCAAGCUGGAGCUCAUCCGGGUCACAGAGGGGAUAAUCUUCCAUAAAGUGUAGCCGCUAACAUGGCAAUGAAAAUCUCUGUAAUACUGUAAACAACAAUCUCAUACAUCUGAAGAAUGUGAAUGACCAAAGUUGGCUUAAUUCUGAUCUGAAUCUUGUGAUAAUGAUGUCCCCACUACCCACUCUAACGUCUCCCCCCCAAUGGUCCAACCCGUGCCUAUCCCCCCUCUCGUCCCCUCAGCGGUGCUUGCGUCGGGUUCAGACGUGACAGGGGUUAGAGGUCAGGUUGACUCUGGCUCUGCUGGAGCAGAGGCGCUGGGGGUCACGACGGGUCAUGUUGGUUUCUCCUCAGGCAAGGAGAAAGCCAGCCCCGCCAGUCGCCCCGCCCACUCUGACCCUCAAGCCCCUGACAGCGAGUCCAUCAUUGUUGCCAUGGAGAGGGUGUCAGUGCUCUUCGACAGGUACAGAAACACACAAACAAACUUCAUUAUACAAGAUCUUAUAAACAUCUCAUAUACAUCUAAAGUAGUGUUGGCCAUUUGAACUCUCUGGGUUUGUGGUGUCCAGAUCAUCCAGUGACAGCAGCUUGUGUGUUCCCGUCAUCAUCUGCUGUUUUGGGUUUCUGUCCGUAGGAUCCGUAAAGGUCUACCAAGCGAAGCUCGGGUCGUGUCCAGGAUUUUGCCCCAAUUCCUGGACGACUUCUUCCCACCACAGGAUGUCAUGAACAAGGUCAUCGGAGAGUUCUUGUCCAAUCAGCAACCCUAUCCGCAGUUUAUGGCCACGGUUGUCUACAAGGUGAGCAGCAGGAUAUAAGACUGAACAAAUGAAAACAUUUGACCACGUCUGAUGUGAUUUCUGCCAGAGAGCAAGAAUAAUAAAACUCUCAUUACAUUUGUCUUAUCUGUAAUAACCAUAGACUGUAUAUAGAAUGGACGCCGUCUGCCUCCUCACUGGGUGAAGCCACCCCGAGAACAGCACCCUCUGGUGGGGGGCUGCAGUAUAGGUCUUAAAUCCCGCCUCCUCCAGCAAUCUCUAUGGAGCUGUGGACAAACUUUAGAAAUUAAUCACACAGAAUAUAAACGUUUACCCCCCUGGUUGUGAUGUUGACAAGUAGUUACUGUAAGACUUGAUGAUUUUUUCGCUUAUGCUGAUUUUUUUUUCUUUUCACUACCUCUUGUUCUGCUCUGCUUCCAUUUCCAGGUUUUCCAGACACUCCACGCCACAGGCCAGUCCUCCAUGGUGCGAGACUGGGUGUUGCUGUCCUUGUCCAACUUUACUCAGAGGACACCUGUGGCUAUGGCCAUGUGGAGCCUCUCCUGUUUCUUCGUCUCUGCUUCCACCUCUCAAUGGAUCUCAGCUCUGUAUCCUUAACUGGACAACUACCCAUAAAUGGGAUGUUGAUUUGAGUGUUGAAUCUAUACUGUAUGGUGUGUGUAAGGAUGCCUAGCACAUGUUCACACUUAAAAGAAUGGAGGGUCCACACGAAUUAUCAUUUUGACAAGCUUUACUGGUUGCAGAUCUGGGUUACAGCUUCAUCAUGCCACAAGUGUAACAAAGAUUGGUCUGAGACUGUUCAGGUAUAUGUAGUCGUCCAUGUUUACACACAUUCUGCUUGCAUCUUGUUAACCUGAAGGAGAGUACAUGUAGGGUUAUAACAAAGCACAACAUAUUCUGGGAGCCUGAGUGAUGUUAAACAUGGGUACAAGGUCCUUGUUGAGGAUAGUUGUCGAAGGCCCACGGCUCCAGAAAUCUAGCACCAAAGUAUCCCCGGUAUUUGGGUGACACAGCUCCACCACUCGAAAGGCUGACAUGACUGGCUAAAGAAAAUCACCCUUACAGUGUGUUCAUAUUCAAUACAAGGUAUGAAGUCCUUAACCCCUUCGCUCCUCACCAGGCUGCCUCACGUGAUCAGCAGAAUGGGCUCAAGCGAAGUGGUCGAUAUCAACCUGUUCUGCUUGGUGGCCAUGGAUUUUUACCGGCACCAGAUUGACGAAGAGCUGGACCGCAGGGCUUUCCAGUCCGUCUUUGAGACCGUGGCCUCACCGGGCAGCCCUUACUACCAGCUGCUGGGCUGCCUGCAGUCAAUUCACCAGGACACCACACUCUGAGGGCGACAAAAGGAGAUGGACCUGUAGGCACAGAGACAGGCACAUGAAGCAUAGAAUGAAAAUGGAUAAUAUAUAAAUAUAUAUAUAUAUCUUUAUGGUUUGGUAAAAUGAAGUCUAUGUGAGUUGUGAUUGAGGGUGGGGGAUGUCUUGUAGAAGUUUGUACUGUAGCCUCAUCGUUUCCUUCCAACACACACAGAGUAAAUAGAGCGACUGAAUUUACCUCAUUGAAUUCAGUAAAGUGAGCAUAAAGCAAAACCAAGGGGGGGCGGUAUCUGAAUCAAUGUCAUUUUUCGUUUGUUUGUUAAAUAUAACAUCCGUAUGGGAAGGACUCUGGCUGCAAAUCCUUGAAACAGUGGUUCUGCCCACAACCACACACCCCCCCACACAGACCAUUCCUCAAACGACAGCACCUUUGAUUCUUCCUUCCACUUUUAGCACCUUGGCUAUAAAAAGAAAAAAAAAUUUACACACAAAUGUGUAUUUUCCUCAUAGGACUUGCUUGAGUAUUGUGAUGUCAGUGAAGUAAAAUAGAAAAAACUAAAUAAAUAAGAAAAUGCAGAGUAUUGACCAUAAAGUUUAGGGUUGACAAAGUUUCAACGCAUCUAUUUUCUAGAAUGUCAUGUUAGGAGUGUGUAAGGUCUUGUGAGGAUACUGACAAAAGGCUGGCACAACACAAGUGUCACAAAUGCCUGCUUGAUGUUGGGGGAUCAGUCCGACACAUUGGAUAAAUAGUCAAUAUUUUAUGUGUAUGGAUGAGCAAAUACAGCCAUAGCAGGAGAUGGAUUGCUGCAACAGAAAUCGACGUGUUUGCACCAAUUUUAACGACCAUGUCUGUGUCUGAGGUGAAUGUUGUUUUGGCCGGACAAAGACCUGGACGAGUACACGUGCUUCAGAAUAAAAACAUCUCAAAUUUUAUUUUAACAAAAAAGCUGUAACCUCGUUAGGGCCCAUAUGACUAUUAUUUAAGAGAGUUAACACUGUCAAGCAAACAAAUACCAAAAUAGCAAUCAUGUCAACUCUACUUUUUAUCCUGUAGCAGUAGCAGAGGGUGGGAGAAAGCAUUUCUUCUCAUUGUUUUAUGACAUUGCUAAUCUGCCAAGUCUUUUUUUUUUUUUUAUUGUAUUCGAGUCUUGUAAGCUCCCCAGUGCACUCAAAAAUGAUUUCUCUGGUCCAUUUCUUGUGCUUUUUUUUUUUUUUUUUAAUUCUCAGGAUGUAAGAUGUGAUUUAUUGUUGUUGUAAUAAGACUGGAAGUUGAUUUGCAGUCGAUCUUUACAUGGAGUUACCUUCAUAAUAUCUUGUAAAAAGUAAUUGUAAAGUCAAUUGAAAGCCAUGGUGCAUGAUAAAAUAAGAGCUGUGUAAAGAUGGAAGAUCUUAAACUAGCUGAGGUAAUGUGAUUCCUGUUUUCUGUCUGAACACGCAAACACAUGAUAAUGAUGAAAAAGAACGUCAGUAAAAGCCUACCACAGAAUGCAGAAAUGAACAAGCUUAUAGUAUUUUAUUCCAGACUUGACCGUAAGUUGCCUGGGAGUGACUGGGCGUUGUUACCCUGUACAUACACUUGCCUUAGAUGAAGACUGAAUAUACUGUAUGUGCAACAUGUACACUGAAAAGCUUGAAAGCAUGCUUCGGAUCACAGAUCAUUUCUUUCAGUCUUAUUUUGUGUCUGUGGAUACGGUUGCUGUAACCAUUGUUCGGAAGAGGUGCGACACAAUCCAAAGGAAGCCUUGUAACCUUAGCAAAAGCUUUGACAAAUCAACUGAUGAGAACGUGUAGCAUGAUGGCGAGACGUCACAGACGGGAGAUUUUUGAUUUUGUUGAGCUUUAAAUAUUGUUUUGUCUCUGUUGGAGAUCAUUAAAUAUGACAUUAUUCAUUGUCAGUGCUACAUUUUUAAAUACACCCAGCACUUCAACUCCCAGAUUUGUUUCAUUUUUAUUUGAAGCGCUUCCUUGACAUACAUACCGUUCAUACGUGUAACACUGUCAUGCAGAUUUGAAUUCUAUAUGUUACCACUCUCUAACCUUAAAGCAAUGUGACUGGCUUUCUUUGAGCUUGUUAAAAUGUUUUAGCACAAUAAAAAAAAAAUGAAAUCUGUAGCUUUCAUUUAAGUUCCAAUAAAAGGCCUCGAUAAAUUACAUUGUGUCAGCAAACAUGAUACAGAUUACCAUUUAAUUACAAUAUUUCAGGUAUCAGUUCCAGACAUAAAUUACAUUUGGUUCUCCUUUUCAGUAAUUAAGUAAUAGGCAAGGCGAUGACUUAAUGGGACCCCUGCAGGGUUAAUGCGAUUACCUAGAAAUCUGUGCUUUUGGGGAUGGAUGUUUAGGCUGGGGACAAAGGUCACAUUCAAUUAAUGGAACAUGCUUUCCUCUGUGACUGUAUUUUUACUCUGAUCUGAAAAUAAUCAAGACUUUCUCUUUUUUUCUAAAGCCUAGAAUCGCUGGUUACAACUUUUUUUUUCAGCUUUUUCAAGUAGAUCAUGUUACGGCUUCGUGCAGUGAGCAUGUUGGCUGUUUUGUAUCCGAGACCGCCAUGGAAAUGAUAAAAGCACUGACUGCGGAUAAUCUGCAGGAUCCUCAGCAGGACCCUGACGCCUCCUUACCAUCCUUUUUUUUUUUUUUUUUUUUUUGUACUAUCAGUGGGAGAUAUUUGUAUUUCAGUUGAUUAAAAAAAGAUUUGCUGGUAUUAUAAAAUUAAUAUGAUUUGUUGUAGAGAUGAAUAAAUUAUUUAAAGAUGCAAAAAUUA